AUGGUUAGAUCAAAAAAAAAAUCAUCGUCUAAUAAAUCAUUAAAUAACAUGCAUCCAUCGCAGUUCAAUAAUUCCAGAAGAAAUGGCAAUAAUUUAGGUGGGCUUACACCAGAUAUGAAUAUGCAAAACCAUAAUAUGAUGUCAAAUGCUAUGGCACAGAAUACAGCGAACAUGAGUAAACAAGACCAUAAUACUAUCCCAAAUCUUGUUACACAGAAUACAGCAAAUUUGAAUAGACAAAAUCUGAAUAUGAUGCUAAAUUCCGUGUCACAGAAUACACCAAACAUGAGUAAGCAAAACCAUAACAUGAUGCCAAAUCUUGUGUCACAAAGUUUAGCAAAUUUGAAUAGACAAAACCUUAGUAUGAUACUAAAUGGCAUAACACAGAAUACAGCAAACACGAAUAAGCAAGACCAUAACAUGAUGCCAAAUCAUGUGACCCAGAGUAUAGCGAACACGAAUAAACAAAACUUUAACAUGAUGCCCAGUCCUGUGACACAGAGUAUAGCAAAUUUCAAUAGGCAAACCCAUAAUAUGAUACCAAAUGCUGUGACACAAUUGCCACAAUGGCAUUCUCAAAUAACAAUGAGCGACAUAUUGAAUAAAUAUGUUGAUGGUCCAAAUUCAAGUAACAGUCUGUUCACAUCUGGCCGUGAUUUGUCCCCACAAUCCAAUUUUCAUCCGAAAUUUGACAGCAUUCAAAGCAACAGCAAUAAUGGUAUACAUUCUCUUAUAGAGCAAUCUAACUUUCCUCUCAUUAAUGAACAAGAUAUAUCUGACAAUGGACCAAGAGAUAAUACUGGUAGCCAAUAUUCUAACACUGUGCCCGUUGGGAGACCUUAUGGUAAACAUUCACUGUUCAAAAAAUAUGAUCAUUACUUUAGUUUCAAAGUGAUGAAAACUUCGAAUUCAGAGUCAACUGAAUUCAAAAUGCUGAAUAAAGAUUUUCCAGCAUUACCUGGUACUCAAGUUCAAAUGCAAGAUGUCGCUAAUACUCCGUCUACUAUGAUAGAUUCAAACCAGCAGUGGAGUAGUAAUACAAAUGUUGGAUCUAAAUUUUUCAAUAAGCUUAAUAUGGAUCAAUAUAUUGAUCAUAAUUCAUGCGGAAUCCAUUUAGAUACAGACUUUCAUAUGAAUGGUAGUACUGUACCAAAACUUGGAGUUCAAACAUCGCUUAAUGAUGGUAAAGUUACUAAUAUACCUAGUAGUAUGCUACGUGAUCAAUUUGGAAUUAUUGGUCAACUGGUUACUAUGAGAACUGCUGAAUAUGAUCCUAAAUUGGUAGCAUUGACUUUUGGACAAGAUUUGACAAGCCUUGGUAUGAAUUUGAAUUCCCCUGAAAACAUUUACGAAACAUUUGCAGGUCCAUUUGAAAAUUCUCCACUGGAACCGCAUAACAUUGAAUUUGAUGUACCUGAUGAAUAUAAGAUUCAUCACAAAAUCAAAAAUAAGUUAGCUCCAAUCAAGUUCUCCGAGUAUAAGGAAGAUUUAUUGUUCUAUCUUUUUUAUACUCAUUUUGGUGAUGGAAUACAGAUGGCUGUUGCUAGCGAAUUGCGUACAAGAGGGUGGCGUUACCAUAUAAAACAACAUAUAUGGAUAACUCCUGUGUCUAUAUCUAGUACGUCUGAAAUGGAUGAUAAAUUUGAACGUGGCACAUUUUAUGUGUUUGAUGUGGCAUUGUGGCGCAAAGUACCAAGAGAAUUAAUGCUUGACCACACUAUGUUGGAUGGAUGUGUUACAAAUGCUUCAUUCAUAUAG